GCGACUCCACAGUAAAACAAAUCGACAUUCCACAAAGGCACAAAUGCCCGCCAGCCGGCCGGCCAGCCAGCGCACGCCCCACCGCUGUAUUUAGGCCACUCCGCCGCCCCACUCCCGAGGGAACAAAGCGAGCGAAGCUGACCAUUUCGCACGGAGGCACCGAGGACCCAAAGCCAUGGCGCUGGCGCUGGUCCUGGUGGUUCUGCUCGCCGCCGUGGCGGCGGCGAGGGAGGCGCACGGGUACGUGGCGUACAACACGAGCGCGGGGACGGUGGCCGGGCUGCUGAACGUGCACCUGGUGCCGCACUCCCACGACGACGUCGGCUGGCUCAAGACCGUCGACCAGUACUACGUCGGGUCCAACAACUCCAUCCAGGGCGCGUGCGUGAUGAACACGCUGGACUCCGUGGUGGACGCGCUGGCCAGGGACCCCGGCCGCAAGUUCGUCGUCGCGGAGCAGGCCUUCUUCCAAAGGUGGUGGGUAGAGAAAAGCCCACAAAUCCAGGCCAUAGUGCACAAGCUAGUUGAUUCUGGUCAGCUCGAGUUCAUAAAUGGUGGGUGGUGUAUGCAUGAUGAAGCUGCCACCCAUUAUAUUGACAUGAUUGAUCAGACCACACUUGGUCAUCGGGUGAUUAAAAAACAAUUCAACAAGACUCCAAGAGCUGGCUGGCAAAUCGAUCCUUUCGGUCAUUCUGCUGUGCAAGCUUAUUUGCUAGGAACAGAGCUUGGUUUUGAUUCGGUGCACUUUGCAAGAAUUGAUUACCAAGAUAGGGCAAAGCGUAAAGACGAUAAAGGCCUGGAAGUUAUAUGGCAGGGCUCAAGAACAUUUGGUUCAUCUUCUCAGAUCUUUACAAAUGCAUUUCCUAUCCAUUAUAGCCCUCCCGAUGGGUUUAGUUUUGAAGUUUUGAAUGACAUGACACCUGUUCAGGACGACCCAUUGCUGUUCGACACCAAUGUUGAGCAACGCGUUAAUGAUUUUGUUUCUGCAGCCAUAGCACAGGCAAACGUUACGCGUACAAACCACAUAAUGUGGACCAUGGGUGAUGAUUUUAAUUAUCAGUAUGCUGAAUCCUGGUUCCGGAAUAUGGAUAGACUUAUUCAUUACGUGAACAAGGAUGGACGAGUGCAUGCGCUGUAUUCCACUCCAUCCAUUUACACUGAUGCAAAACAUGCAUCAAAUGAAUCUUGGCCACUCAAACAAGAUGAUUAUUUCCCAUAUGCUGAUUCAACCAAUGCUUACUGGACUGGGUAUUUUACGAGCCGCCCGACUUUCAAGGGAUAUGUUCGAAUGCUCAGUGGAUAUUACCUGGCUGCACGUCAAAUAGAAUUUCUUGUGGGAGGAUCGUUCACUUCUAGCUUGGAGGACGCACUGGGAAUCGCCCAGCAUCAUGAUGCCGUCUCAGGAACAGCAAAACAACACACAACUGAUGAUUACUCGAAACGCCUUGCUCUCGGAGCAUCCCAGGUCGAGAAAGGUGUAAAUACUGCUUUGUCUUGUCUGACAAGCUCUAAAGGAACAUGUAUGUCUCCAGCAGUAAAGUUUACUCAGUGCCAACUUCUCAAUAUAAGCUACUGCCCUUCAACUGAGGAACAAAUUUCAGGAGGAAAGGGUUUAGUUAUAACUGCUUAUAAUCCUCUUUAUCUUCUGCAGGUUAUAACUGCUUAUAAUCCUCUUGGAUGGGAACAUAGUGACUUCAUACGGGUUCCGGUCAAUGACUUACACCUAGUCGUAAAAGGCUCUGAUGGAAGUUUUGUCGACUCACAACUAGUUGAGGUUGAUAAUGUGACUAGCAAUUUAAGGAAGUUGUAUGUGAAGGCUUAUCUCGGAAUCAAUACAGACAAACCCCCAAAGUAUUGGCUAGUAUUUCAAGCUUCUGUGCCACCAAUGGGGUGGAAUACUUACUUCGUCUCAAAGCCCAAGGGAGCAGGAUCUAACAGAAUGGGGUAUGUCUCAAGCAUCGCUUCUCCAAGCAAAGACACAGUUGAAGUUGGACCAGGGUCUCUAAAGAUGACAUUUUCGUCAGCAUCUGGACAACUUACACGGAUGUUCAAUUCUAUCACAGGAGUGGAUUUACCAAUUCAACAGAGCUUUCUUUGGUAUGGUUCAAAUAAUGGUGAUGGCGCGGAUUCACAGGCAUCUGGAGCUUAUAUUUUUAGACCAGAUGGGUCUACACCGACUGUUGUUUCAAGAUCGGUACCGUUAAAAGUCAUCCGUGGACCUCUGGUUGAUGAAGUCCACCAGCAAUUCAGCCCGUGGAUUUAUCAGGUUACAAGACUAUAUAAGGAUAAGGAGCAUGCUGAAGUAGAAUACACGAUUGGGCCAAUCCCGGUCAAUGAUGGCAUAGGAAAGGAGGUCAUCACAAGACUGACAGCAAAUAUGGUCACAAACCACACUUUUUAUACAGAUUCUAAUGGAAGGGAUUUUCUCAAGAGGGUGAGAGACUACAGGGAAGAUUGGGAUCUUCAAGUGACUCAACCGGUUGCAGGAAAUUACUAUCCCGUCAAUCUCGGAAUGUAUGUAACAGAUGGGAAAUAUGAACUUAGUGUCCUUGUUGAUCGUGCUGUUGGAGCUUCAAGCAUUCAGGAUGGUCAAAUAGAAAUGAUGUUCCACAGGCGUAUACUUUAUGAUGAUGGCAGAGGUGUUGGGGAGCCACUCGAUGAAACUGUUUGCGUUGACAGCAAAUGUGACGGGCUCGUGGCUAGGGGUACUUAUUAUGUCAAUGUCAACAAGCUUGGACAUGGAGCUCACUGGCGAAGGACACAAGGACAAAAAGUUUAUUCACCCUUUCUUCUUGGUUUCGCUCAUGAGGAUGAAAGCAGUUGGAAAUCCUACAGUGUUGUGAAAGCGAGCAUGAUGGAUGCAAAUUACAGUCUUCCUGAUAACGUGGCAAUCAUCACCUUGCAGAGUCUCGAUGAUGGUACCGCACUUCUCCGCUUGGCACAUUUGUUUCAGGCUGCAGAGGACCCACAGUACUCAGUGAUGGCAAAAGUUGAACUGAAAAAAUUGUUUGGAAAGAGAACCAUCAAGGAAUUGACUGAAACUAACCUGUCCGCCAACCAAAAGAAGUCAGCGAUGAGGAAGCUCAAGUGGAGGGUUGUUGGAGACACUGAAAGUAGUCCUGCCCCAAUUACCGGUAGACCGGUUGACAAUCAAGCCCUUGUUGUCGAGCUGGGGCCCAUGGAGAUACGCACAUUCUUGCUGAAACUGUGAGCUGCAAAAAAAAGAGAUACCUUUAUGUAAUUCCAUACAUGUUCUAGGAGAUCAUUGUGCCUUUCAUUUCUGUGAGCAAGUACCUUCUGAUAGUUAUGUCCUUGUACAGCAAUAAAUGUGCCCAGUCACAACUUUCCCAGCAAA